AUAUUAUAUGUAUCGGUAAUAUUAUUAUAUUUCUGGCAAUGAGAUGAUAGCUGGUUGAGAGGUUGUUUCUGGUAAUGAAAGCCAUCAGCUAUGGCGGUGGGUUUUGGAGGCUACUGAAUCGACUCGCGUGCCCAAGAAGCGACGAAACUAUCGUGUUCAUCGCCAACUGUUUCUCGCCGGUCAUCGGAGGUUUCUCCGGUCAGGUGUUCCGGCGACGAAGUCUUUUUUCUCAGAGUUGUAGAGUGAGAAAGUCGCCUUGUCGAUGGUCGCUAAUAUCACCAUGAAUGGUAAUGGAUUCAGCAGUAUGGAGUCGGACUACAUACGGAGGCAUCACAGCCACGAGCCUGCCGAGAAUCAAUGCAGUUCGGUUCUCGUCAAGCACAUCAAAGCUCCUGUUCCCCUUGUUUGGUCUUUAGUGAGAAGGUUCGAUCAACCACAGAAGUACAAGCCAUUUGUCAGCAGGUGCGUUGUCCAGGGAAAUCUUGAGAUUGGGACUCUUAGAGAAGUUGAUGUUAAGUCGGGGCUGCCUGCCACUACCAGCACUGAAAGAUUGGAGCUUCUUGAUGAUGAUGAACAUAUCCUCAGUAUCAAAAUUGUGGGUGGGGAUCAUAGACUCAGGAACUAUUCUUCGACCAUUUCCCUCCAUCCAGAGAGUAUUGAAGGAAGACCUGGGACUUUGGUGAUUGAAUCAUUUGUGGUGGAUGUGCCUGAUGGGAACACCAAAGAUGAGACCUGCUACUUUGUCCAAGCCUUGAUCAAAUGCAAUCUCAAGUCUCUUGCUGAUGUUUCAGAGCGGCUGGCAGUGCAGGGGCGGACUGAGCCCAUUGAUAGGAUAUAAGAGUGGGGGAUGGACCGAUGUGAUGAAUGCUAUGAUUACCAUGGAUGAAGCUUCUUCUGAGGCAUUCGGAUCACGAAGGCUCUGGGGACAGACUGGUAGUAGCUAUUCUUCCGUCAUCCUAACACAGUGGUGCUUGCUUUCUUUUUGUUUUCUAUGUUGCUGAACUUCCUGUCUUAAGUAGUUAAAGAACCACAGCUUUUAUAAAGGUUUCUAAGCCCCACCACGAAUGAAAGUUAAAACCAAUGACCAAGUUCCUCUCCGUCUGUGUGUGAUAUUCCAGGGUUUUAGCUGUAAUAAUUCUUAAAUGUUUUGUAGUUGUAUGUAUAUGUGCUCAAAAGGCUGGGUUUUCGUACAUCUGUUUUUCGCGUUGUAGUGUAGCUUCUAGUUGGAGUUAAAGAUGUUUAGGGGAGGCCCCUAAUAACUAUUAUCAGUAUCAUAACAGUCUUCAUCUAUUAUUAUUAUC